UACAAAUAAGGGGAAUUCAAUAAGUUGAAAAUCAAAGAACCUAAUGAGCUAAAAGCAGAACAUAAAGGCAAUCUGAAGAGCUGAACAUAGAAUAUAAGGGGGAUUUUUAGAUUGGAAGAAAGGAAAAGCAAAUGAAGAGGUUCUACUGCGGCACAUGUGACAUAAAUACAGGAGAGAUUCAGAGUCAGAUCAUUCAGGGACGUCUUAACUUGAUCUGGAGUUGAUUGCGAUUUUUGCAAUAAAAUCUAUUUUUGCUUUUCUCAUCCACAGUGUCUGAUUUUUAUUAGAGAGAGAGAGAGAGAGAGAGUCUAUAAUUCCCAGGAAGUUUAUAUUUUAUUAAAAGUUUGGAAGAAAGUGACCGAACACCCAGUGGUGCUGAAACCCGACACCAGUUUUUCUGGAAAGUGAAAGUUAAAAUCUUAGAAAGUUUAUACAUUUCAUUAUGAUUCCAGCUGAAACGAAAGUGAAAGUUAGCUGGUGAUAAAAACUGACGUGUCCGUUCGUGACACCGGGAUAAUGGUCACAGGAGGCAAAGAGCUCAGUUACAGAAAGUUGUCAGAAUAUUUGCAGGAACAUUGAUCUUUGACAUGGAAAACACCAACGGGAAACAGUGGGUUCUCCUGGCAGCGGGUUCUAAAGACUGGGAAAACUACAGACACCAGGCCGAUGUGUGUCACGCUUACCAGGUCGUGCGAGAGAACGGUAUUCCUGAUGAUCAGAUUGUGGUGAUGAUGUAUGAUGACAUCGCUUAUAAUGAAGAAAAUCCGUUCCGUGGCAACAUAAUCAAUGUACCUGGAGGUGAAGAUGUUUACGCUGGGGUUCCUAAAGACUACACCAGAGAGGACGUAUCAGCUGCAAACUUUCUGGCUGUCCUGCGUGGAGAUUCACGAGCUAUCAGGAAAAGAGGACCGAAAAAAGUCAUCGAAAGUGGUCCGAAUGAUUCCAUCUUCAUCUACUUAUCAGACCACGGAAGUCACGGAAUCUUUCACUUUCCUAACUCUACACUUUAUGCACCCGAUCUCAUCGACACAGUGAAAGAGAUGUCCAGGAAAGACAAAUUUUCACAGAUGGUUAUUUACAUGGAAGCAUGCCAUGCUGGAUCAAUGCUGGAAGAGCUGCCAAGAUUGGGCAAUGUGUACGCCGUGGCAGCGAGUAAUCCAGAUCAGAGCUCGUAUGCUUGCUUCUACGAUAAGAAAAGGAACGCGUACCUCGCCGAUGCUUUCACAGCUUACUGGCUGCACCAUACCAAAAAAAUCGAUCUCAGGGAGACCACUCUUCAGGACCAGUUUAAUUAUAUAAAGGAAAACGUGACCAAAUGGGAGAAGAAUCAGACACCCUGUAAUUAUGGGAACAGGUCCAUGCUCCAGACCCCGCUGAGUGAAUUUCUGGGAUGGUCUCCAGAUUACGAAUUCAAGGAUUACGAAUUCAAGUCACGCAACUUUGAUUUGACCAGUGUCGUAGAAAGCACAAAUGUUCCACUGUUAAUCCAACAGAACAGGAUCAGAAAAGAACAGAACCACAGAAGAAAACAGUCUCUUAAAAGACAAUAUAAUGAGCUUCAGAGAAAGAGGAAUAAAAUGAAUGAGGCCAUGCAGGAGAUUUCUAAGUGCUGUGCUCGUGAUGGAGCUCUGCGUGAAACACUCGAGGUAACUCGUCUGUACGAGCUCAAAGUCGUAGCUGAGCAUUUUAGGACAACUGUCUUCAACUGGGACGAAGAGGCGUUUGUCUUCACUCUUUCACACCAGCAGGUUUUAGUGAAUCUCUGUGAGUGUGGGCUGGAGGUUGAGAGCAUCACUGCAGCCAUAGACCGUGUCAGGCAGAGGAUUCAGUUCUAAAGAAAACAUGAGCAGAAGUGAGACUCUGGAGCGACAGCAGAUUUAAUUCUUACUUCUUAAUACUUCAUUUUGAUUAUCUCAACUUUCUAUAUAUGUAUCACAUAGAAUGGCUUUUGGUUAUAGGAAGCAUGUGUUGAAUUUGGUUUUUCUUUUGUUAACAUCAUGAUUAAAAAAGCUGGGAAUAUUUUAUAUAUUUAAUUCAUAUUUGGGUGAUGUACUUGCUUGUUUUUUACAAAGAGGUACAUACAGUAUAGGUCACAAUCCCUACUGUUAUCUGUUAUUUUAUAUAAUGGAGAGUUUUUAAAACUAUUUUUUUCCAAUUAGUAUUUUAGAAUGUACAAUAAAUCCUAGAUGUACUGGUACGAUAGUGUAACGGCUCUACCUGUACUUCCCCUUCAAAAUCGCCAGGGGGAGCCAUCACCGGAAUAUUGAAGUCUUCUGUGCCAUGCAGUUCUCUUCUGGGUUUUCAGGUAUUUAAACCAUGCUCACAACAAUCGUAGUUGUUUAGUAUUGUUAGUUCUCGUACGUACCAAGCUGUUUCCUUACCACAGUUACUGUUCAUUGUGUGUUUUGACUUCUUGCUCUGUUUCUUGGAUUUGUGUUUUUAUACUUUUGUAUACGUUUAUUCUGGAUUAUAGAAAUCUUUGCCCCUGUAUACCCUUUCUGACCCUGCCUCUCGAUUUAGGAUUUUUUGCCUUGAUUGACUAUUAAACUCAGCACAUGGAUCUUUUCUAUGCUGUCUCUGACUCUGUAUUACA